AUGGUUGCCACGCGCACACGACCCUGGGGAGCGGCCGCGCCAGUGCCGCCAGCAUCCGUGCGGCGCGCAAUCCAGUCGGACGACGUGCUGCUGUGUGUGGUCUCACAGCUCGAUGUGCGUGAAGGAUGCAUACGCAGCGUGGCGUCAGUCAACAAGGCGUGGCGCAACGCGUGGCGGCGAAGGUGCUCGGGCCGGUGCCGACUGCUGCGCGCGGGCAUCGGUGAAUUUCAGUACGCGAAGCAGGUUUCGGCGCUACCUGGCGGCGGCGCUAUCGUCCCGGAUUACGGUCAUUUUCGACUCGAAGCAUAUUCGCCAGAUGGUGACUCGCAAGGCAUCUACUGCGAGAAUUUUGAAACGCCGGGGGCGAUAGCGCUUCUCGGAGACGGUACGGCGUGGAUGUUGGCGAGGGACAGAGCCCGUGUCUGUCGCGUACGGUGGCAGGACGAAAUAGGAGCCGAACCGGCUCAAUUUAGGUGGCCGCAUCUCAACCAGGGAGGAGAUUUUGGGGACCCAUACAGAAGAACCUUGCAGCACGUCGACUUUGGUGCGUUGUUCGCGUCGGAAGAACUGAGCGGCUACUUGCAUCCUUAUGAUCUUGCGGUUUCUGGUGAUAGGCUGCUUGUGCUGUGUAGUGGGUUCACGUGUGCGCGAAUCUGCGUGUUCGACAGUCAGACCGGCGCGUUUCUCUAUCACAUCGGUCGGGGGAGAAGCGCCGGAGAGGCUGAUGCGCUAAGCAACCCAAAGGCCCUUACGGCGCAUCAAGACCUGUGCUUCGUUGCAGAUACCUACAACCACGUGAUCAAGAUUUUCAAUUUUCGCCAACGGGUGCUCGUGAGGACAAUCGGUAGCGCUGCCGCCAGCGAUCUGCCCUGCGAAUUCGAUGAGCCCGCCGGCGUCGCCUUUCGCGACGGACGUCUUUAUGUCAGCGAAUGGGACGGCCAGCGGAUUCAAAUCCUGCGGUUUGCCAACGGUAUCCACGGGGCGGUGGAGUGUUUGCAGAUUAUUCCGUCGCCCAACGGGCUGGAGCUCGCCGGCCUGUGCUUGAGCGGCGACCGCUUGUGGUGCAUGGGGGGUAAUGGUGGGUCCGUACGGUGGGUCCCGUCUCUUGUCGCUGGUGUCAAUGGAACCGUGUGGACCUCGAAUUCCUGCAUCCACCUCUUCACGGCCUGUGCCUAGC